ACGAGUUUUCAGUGGAAUUUGCGUUCUAUUGUCUUUUUUAACUUUUGUUGACAGCGUUGGCUUGCCCAGGCUACUUAGUACUACUUUGUUGCUGGAGGUAUAAAAACGCAAUACUUUCCAUAAGCCAGUUAGUUCAAAACAAUUUAUUAUUCGUACAUAACGGUUUUAGAGAACGGAAAAAUUGUAAAUAAUCUGAGAAAUGGAACGUUGGUUGAAUCGUAUUGCUGUGGUCACUGGCGCUAGUUCCGGCAUUGGUGCGGCUAUAGUAAAAUAUCUCGCUAAUAACGGUAUGGUGACAGUCGGCUUGGCACGACGCAAAGGGCGUGUCGAAGCGCUGCGUGAUGAAGUGAAAGAUGAGGCAAAAGCACGCAUACACGCAAUUAAAUGUGAUGUAACAAAUGAACCAGAGGUUAUCGCCACCUUCAAAGAGAUCGAGCGCAAGUAUGGACCCGUUGCAGUGCUAGUAAAUAAUGCUGGUGUGGUGCGCACUACUGAUUUGUUGAAGGAGGGUAACUCACAAGAUAUACGCAAUGUGCUCGAUACAAAUGUUUACGGUAUUGUUUGGUGCACACGUGAGGCCUUUCGAUCGAUGAAGGCGCAAGGUGACGAUGGUCAUGUCUUCCUCAUCAAUAGCAUAGCAGGGCAUAUGGUGCCGUUUAUACCGAAUUUCUCUUUCAAUAUAUAUCCGCCGUCAAAGCAUGCAGUGACUGUGCUGACCGAGAUCUAUCGUCAGGAAUUCAUUAAUAAUAAUACAAAAAUUAAGAUUACUAGCAUUAGUCCCGGUGGUGUGAAAACCGAGAUUAUGGGGCCCGAUCCGCCUUUGACACCAGAUAUGCCCAUUUUGUCCGCUGAAAAUAUAGCCGAUGCUUUGAUCUAUUGCCUACAGACGCCACCGAAUGUGCAGAUACAUGAGUUAACUAUAAAACCUGUCGGCGAAAAAUUCUAAGUGUGUUUGUGUUGAAAUAUUGAUGAAUUACUUAAUUGAUUGUAAAAAAUAAAAAUAUGAAAUAAAGAAUCAAAUGUGAAGGCUAUUAA